GAAUGAAAAAACAAAAAUAAAAGGAGCAAUGCCGAUUGGUACUUGCCACCAACCUUAGCGCUAAAGUCGUCGUCUACUUUCUAAACCCGCUCCUCGAUAGCAGCAGCUUCUUUGCGUUUUUUUGAGAUGGCUAUAUGCUCAAUUGCACACUCAACGCUUCUUCUUCUUCUUCUACCAUUGCUGGUUAUCGCUUCUUCCGAGUACGAGUACCCGCGUCUACUGCUGAAAGAAGCUGAGGGAGAUAAAGACUGGCUAAUCUCCGUGAGAAGGCAAAUCCACGAAAACCCAGAACUCCUUUACGAGUUGCACCAAACCAGUGCCCUCAUUCGCCGCGAGCUCGACCAAUUAGGAAUCUCGUACCUAUACCCGGUCGCGAAAACAGGAAUCGUCGCUCAGAUCGGGUCCGGUUCUCCUCCGGUUGUUGCUCUCCGUGCCGACAUGGACGCUCUCCCCUUGCAGGAACUGGUCGAGUGGGAUCAUAAGAGCAAAGUCAACGGCAAGAUGCAUGCUUGUGGCCAUGAUUCUCACACCACUAUGCUCCUUGGUGCUGCCAAGUUGCUUACCAAACGCAAACAUUUUCUCAAUGGAACACUGAGGCUUCUCUUCCAACCUGCGGAAGAAGGUGGGGCUGGUGCUUUUCAGAUGAUAAAAGAGGGUGCUUUGGGUGAAUCUGAAGCCAUUUUUGGGUUGCAUGUCAAUCAUGAUUUACCUACGGGACAGGUGUCAACCAUCUCUGGUCCUGCUAUGGCAUCCACCACCAUUUUCAGUGUAAGAAUGAGUGGUUCUUGUGUUGAUCCACUCUUGGCGGCUUCCUCUACCAUCUUAGCAUUGCAAUAUAUAGUCUCUAGGGAAGCUGAUCCUCUCUUAAGCUACGUGCUGUCUGUUACGUUUAUCAAAACCCGCCCUUCUGAUGUAGAAUUUGGGGGAACUUUGAGGAGUCUUACAACGGAUGGCAUGACCUGGUUGAGGCGCAGGAUGAAAGAGGUGGUUGAAGGAGAAGCUCUACUACAUAGAUGCCAAGCGGAUAUAGACAUGCAUGAGGAUGAUCAUCCAAUGUACCCAGCAACUGUGAACGAUCACAAGUUACACGAGCACGCUGAAAAGGUUCUGAAGCUCUUGGUUGGACCCGAGAAUGUCAAACCGGGUGACAAGAUAAUGGCGGGCGAAGAUUUUUCCUUCUAUCAACAGAAAAUUCCAGGUUACUAUCUAGGAAUCGGUAUCAGAAACGAACAAGUCGGUUCUGUGCAUUCGGUUCAUUCACCUUAUUUCUUCCUUGAUGAAAAUGUUCUUCCCAUUGGAUCAGCAGUGUUUGCUGCCUUAGCCGAGAUGUAUAUACAAGACCAUCAAAAUCAAACCAAGUAUGGACAAUGAAGAAGAAAAGACCAAAGCUCAGAUCUAAAGUCUCUUAGUUACUUACUUUCACAACUCAAGUUAUUGGUCUUCAUAAACAAAAUAAUUUAAAUUUGACAAAUCAUAAGUGUUCCGCUAAGUAAUGCAUCUUACAUUUGCAGGUGCAGUUUAUAUAGAGUUCUAGUGUGUGUACAGGUUGGAAUUAACAUACUAAGUUUCAGUUUUUCUGAUU